CAUACCAACAGAAAAUGACACAAAACUGAGCAUUUUUGGCCUGGGGAGUUACAAAAUCAUGGCGUCCAAAACGAGACGAAUCUGAAUGAUUCAAUGAACUUUUUCUCUACGACACUGCGGGAUAUUCAUGCUAAUGGAUUUCCUCCUAAUUGGUCUGUACUUAAAGUGGCCGCUAAAGAAGCCCCCCGGAUUGAUACUGUGCUCUCUGGGCAUCUUUCUGAAAAUGGUUCCCCUGGUGGGGGGGAGCUGUCCAAGGCUGUGCCGCUGCGACAGCAAGCUGCUGUACUGUGAGGGGCUCAACCUGACAGACAUCCCCCGCAACCUGAGCAGCGCCACAGGCUUAUCCCUGCGGGAGAACAACAUCUCAGAGCUGCGUGAGGGGCAAUUUGUUGGCCUGUCGCAGCUCACCUGGCUCUACCUGGAUCAUAACAACAUUGAAUUCGUCGAGGAGAGCGCCUUUGAGAGGCUGCGGCGGGUCAAGGAACUCGACCUCAGCACCAACCGGAUAGAGAACCUGUCCAAUGGGACUUUCAGACCUCUGCCCAACUUGCGCAUCUUGGAUUUAUCCUACAAUAGGCUGCAGUCACUGGAGCCAGACCUUUUCCACGGCCUUAGGAAGCUUACCAAUUUGCACUUGCGCUACAAUGCCCUGAAGUUUGUGCCUGUGCGAAUCUUCCAGGACUGCAGGAGCAUGCAGUUUCUGGACCUGGGCUACAACCAGCUGCAGAGCCUGGCACGCAACUCAUUUGCUGGGCUCUUCAAGCUGACUGAGCUGCAUCUGGAGCACAACGAGCUGGUCAAAGUCAACCUGGCCCACUUUCCCCGCCUCAUUGCCCUUCGCACACUCUACAUGCGUAAUAACAAGGCCACCAUUGUUGUCAGCACCUUGGACUGGACCUGGCACUUCCUGGAGAAGAUUGACUUCUCCAACAACGCAAUUGAGUACAUCGAGCCGCAUGUCUUUGAAAGUGUGCCCAACCUCAAGGAGCUCAUGCUGGACUCCAACAAGCUAACCUAUGUGGACCAGCGCAUCUUGGACUCUUGGACAUCCCUAAGCAGCAUCACUUUGUCUGGGAAUGAGUGGGAGUGCAGCCGCAAUGUAUGUGCCCUGGCCUCCUGGCUGAGUGGCUUCCAGGGCCAACGUGAUAGCGCUUUGCUGUGUGCAAGCCCGGACACGGCCCAGGGUGAGGACAUUCUGGACGCUGUCUAUGCCUUCCAGCUGUGUGAGGAUAGUGUAGAAGCCACCACGCAGACCUACGCAGCCACCAGAGACCUAGCCCGAGGCUCCAUUUUCAAAGGGCCCACCAGAGGCCCAUAUGACCUACAGGAUGUGGAGGGUGGUGAGGUAGUCACCAACUCCUUUACAGUGACCAUGGCUGCAGAUGACCUGGAGAGUACCAUGCAGAUCCACAAGGUGGUGACGGGCACCAUGGCGCUCAUCUUUUCUUUCCUCAUCGUGGUGCUCAUGCUCUAUGUGUCGUGGAAAUGCUUCCCAGCUGGUGUGAGGCAGGUGAGGCAAUGCUUUAGCAGCCAGCGCCGCAAGCAGAAGCAAAAGCAGACCAUGCAGCAGAUGGCCACCAUGUCCACGCCUGAGUACUAUGUGGACUACAAGCCUAACCACAUUGAGGGGGCCCUUGUCAUCAUCAACGAAUACGGUUCCUGCACCUGCCAGCAACAGGCAUCCCGGGAAUGUGAGGUGUGAAACUUUGGCUACUGUCCCUGGAUAUUUCACAAUCACAUCAGAUCAAUGGAUACGGGACAUGCUUUGAUGCUGUACCACACUGUGCUGCUCUCUGGAGGAGACUUGGAUGGCAUGUUCAGAGUGCAAAGGGGACAGAGACCAAGGAUUUACUGCUGAUUUCAAUGGCCUCAGUGGCUUUCAGUGGACACAGCUUUAGAACAGGUUGACACAAUGUCUUGGGGCUGAGAGGAAUAUAGGAACUAAUCAAGGUUCUCUUGUGACGAGUGGAUAUUUGAGCUUUAAUGUGUCUUUCUACUGCAGGAGAUUACUAAAGCUACUGAGGACACCCAGAACACAAUUUUUAUUGUUGUAACAACAAUAACAAUAAUGACAAGAAAAUUUAAAUGGGGAAAAAAUAAAAGAGAUGAGUCUGUGUAAAAUAUGUUAAAAUCAGAAAAGCAAGAGUGGGAAUAAAACUCAAGAUGCUAUACUAUUUCUUUUGUAAACUAUGGAAAAAAGGAAACAAAUGUUUAAAUAAAUGAAUUGCAAUUCACAGUAGUCACGUUUGCAGGCACGUUUGAGGGGUGGUUUGUUGUCGGUGGUAGCUUGGGGAGGACUGUAAGUUUGGCCCUGCUGUAUUUGUAGACGAUAAAUAAAAUGAGCAGUGGGGAUCUCGUCACUUCAUUUGAAAUGUUAAGCCUCAAUCUGAAAUUCAGAUCUCCUCUACCACCUCCCAGUUCUUACUCUUUCUUCCCCAUCUCACCAUAUGGGGGGAAUGAUCACUGUGCAGGCUUGCUGUUACUGUUGUAGUUGCUUUUUCUCUUCUUAUGUCCCAUUCUUUAUAGAUUAAGCAAACUAACAGAAGCCAAAAAAGAAAAAAGACUCUUACGUUCCGUUCAGAAGGUUUUUUUAACACAGUCAAACUAUGAGUCACAUGCUGUCUCUAUAAAACAGGGCCGAUGUCUUUUAAUGGCUCAAAGCUAUGCCUUUUGACUGCUUUCUCAUGCUCAGUUAGUGUGUUAAAUCUCCCUAAGACAGUGGUGAAAUCAGAGCUGGACAAAAACCUAGCCUUAAACGUGGGCAAUGGUGUUAUAAUGAUUUAGGGAGACAGUUAAAAAACUGUAUGAUGUUAAUGGUUGAUCUGUUGGGGAUCUCUGUUUGCUAAGCUUUUUUCCAAGAUUUUCCUUUUUCAAUAGGUUUCUUUAGUUGAGCAGACAGUGUCUCCUCUGGCAGUGGAAGAAAGAACAUGGUUUCUGAAAGAAGGUACAGACUGCUCUCUAGUGUCCCAACACCAGCAGUAGAGGGAGAGAAGAUACAGUAGCAGCAAGCCCUUGACUUUUCUUACCUAGGCUUAGUCUUUGUGUGUUUUUGGGUUUGUGUGUGCGUGUGUGUGUGCAUGCAUGUGUGAGCUUCUCUGUGUGUGUGCUGGUAUACACUUCCAAUGUGUGUGUGUGUGUGUGUGUGUGUGUGUGUGUGUGUGUGUUUGUCGUAGCUCAGCCCUGGGUGCCAUCACUGCUGCAGAGUAAAGUAUUUCGCAUUCUGAACACAUAGGCUGGUCAUUUGAAGUAAACAAGGGUUCAAUUACUUUAAACCAAAUGACUCCUCCACUGCCUUCCCCUGUCACUCAAUUUAAGGCAUCUUGCUGUUACCACAGUGACAGGGCUAGGUGGGAAAUGCCUCUAUUAGACGUGUUUGAGUGCAUAUACCUGGUUACUUGAGCAAAUGUGUGUGGGUCAAGCUUGGAACUGGUCAUGCCAGGCUGUUUCAAAAUGCAUGUGUGGCCAUAGGAACGACUUUCUUUCAUCAAGUAUGCGUGGGAUGUACAAGGGAAACUGUGAAGCUAAGCAGGGAUUUUUAUAAACAGGCAGAUGGUUUUAUUCUGAACCUCAAUAGCCCUGACACCCCUUAAACUUGCUAUCAAAACUGUUCUAUUUUCACCACUGUAUUUGAUCCAUAUGAGGAGCUGAGCCAAAAUAAAUGAAAAUAAAAUGUAUUCCAGUUGUUGUAAAUUAUGCAUACAUGUGACCAUAUCCCCUCCUUUUUCCUUUCCUGAUAAAUCUUGUCUUGCUAUUUUUGAUCUUUUAUUUAUUUUUAUUUUUUUGAGAUUAAGAGAUUGUUUUAAAUUGAUACGCUAUUCAAAUGUUAAUAUAAACAUUAUUUGGGGUAAA